CAUUUACCUAACACCCCAUUACCAAAAAGUGUGCCAUUUUAUGCAGCAUUUGGAAUCCAAAAAAUGGCUUAUACUAUCUUCGAGUUGUACGGACUCAUAACUCCCCGGAGCUAAUUCGGACAUCAGAGUGAUAGGACAGAAGACCUUUGCACCCCGUCCGUAUGAAUAUUCAAACAUAAUUUAGCAUCUAUUCUUCCAGAUCUUGAUCGGACUAGGCCUCUCUUACUCUUACGCUUGAAGAUUCAAGCUCAAUCAAAGGCCGAGAACUUAUAAUCAUCUUAACGGCCAACUCGCGUUUGGACUACAGGUGAAAUUUCGACGUAAUCUGGGUGUCUCUGUUCACUCAAAUCAUUUGGAUUUAAAAAACCAUAAUGUGGUAUUGUAGUUUGAUCCAGAUAGCUCGCAGGGAGAUGCGGUCGUGUAGUGCAGAUAUUUGAGGAGUUUUAUUGGAUUAAUAAGAUGCUGCACGUUCCGGCAACUAUAGAAGACCAGCUUAUACUAAAAGCGAUCAGGGAAGAAUGCCCCUGGGAAAGCCUGCCGAAGCGGCUCCAAGCUACUUUGAAUUCGGCAGAAGAAUGGCAUAAAAGGAUAAUCAACCACUGCAUAAGGAGAAGACUCCAGUGGAAUAGUUGUUUUGCUCGCAAAGUUUGCAAAGAAGGUGAAUUCUAUGAAGAGAUGAUGCGGUAUCUCCGAAGGAAUUUAGCGUUGUUUCCAUAUCAUCUUGCAGAGUACAUUUGCCGUGUGAUGCGAGUGUCUCCUUUCAGAUACUAUUGUGACAUGAUAUUUGAAGUCAUGAAAAAUGAGCAACCUUAUGACAGCAUCCCAAAUUUUAGUGCUGCAGAUGCACUGCGCCUCACAGGGAUCGGAAGAAAUGAAUUCAUUGACAUUAUGAACAAGUGCAGGUCUAAGAAAAUUAUGUGGAAGCUGAACAAAUCAAUUGCCAAGGAACUAUUGCCUACCCAACCAGUGGAUUUUGUAAUUGAGCCGUGGUGGGGAGUUUGUCUUGUCAAUUUUACGUUGGAAGAAUUUAAGAAACUGACUGAAGAAGAAAUGGCCACAAUUGAUAAAAUAUGUAGGGAAGAAGUGAAUUCAUUUAUUCUUUUUGACCCUGAAGUGAUCAAAGGACUUUACCGACGAGGACUGGUCUAUUUUGACUGUCCUGUAUAUCCUGAUGAUCGUUUUAAAGUUUCCAGACUUGAAGGGUUUGUUUCAAACCGGGAGCAAUCCUAUGAAGAUCCAAUUGAGGAGCUGCUCUAUGCUGUUUUUGUGGUGUUGAGUGAGAAUUCUACUGUUUCUGAGCUCGCCACAACUUUACAGGCUGACCUUUCUCAGCUUCAAGCAGCUGCUUCUUUUGCUUGUCGACUGGGGUGGGCUAUAAAACUACUAGAUCCAGCAUCUAUCCUACAAGACUCAACUGCACCUGGCUCACCCAAAAGCAUCAUUACUGACGAGGAUGAUGGUUCCCGUGCGUCUCUCAGCUCUGGAAAUGUUACUGAUGGUAGUGGCUUCGUGCAAGGAGACAUUCCUUUUACAGAAAAUCAAUGUGUGGCAUCUGGUUAUACACGUGUUGCUUUUCUCGUGGAUGCUAAUAUCACCUCAUAUCUUAUGAUGGGAUCUGUUUCACCAGGUCUAAAAUCUCAUGCCGUGACCUUAUAUGAAGCAGGAAAGCUUGGUCAUGCUAGCAUUGCAGAUCUUUGCAAGGAUUUGAGUACACUUGAGGGAACGAAAUUUGAAGGAGAGCUGCAGGAAUUUGCCAAUCAUGCUUUUAGUCUCUGGUGUGUCCUGGAGUGCUUAGCUUCAGGUGGGGUUAAAACAGAUGGAGUUAAGGAUGGUGUUCUGUCAUGUACCACCCAUGAGGCAACCACCUCAAUGGUGGGAACUACAUCAGCCGCUAGAUCUGGGGAUUCUACUUCUUGUGGAUCUGGGGUAACCGCUGAUGAUUGUGCUAAUAAUGAAUCUCCCAAAGGCAAUACCGAUGCUUAUGAACCCAGAGUUGGCACCUCUGGCAGUGAUAAUUUAUUAGAGAUUACAUCUGGAGAUGGGGAUCCUCAAUUAGUUCUUAGUUCUCAACUUGAAGAAAAACUGGUAACUACUGAGAGUGUAGAUGUUGGGAAGGGAAGAGUGACACAGAGAAGCUACCGUGUUGACGUCCUCCGCUGUGAAAGCCUGGCUGCUCUCUCACCAGUAACUUUGGAUCGCCUGUUUCUGCGGGACUAUGACAUCAUUGUAUCCAUGGUUCCACUUCCUCCUUCCGCAGUUUUGCCUGGAGCAAAAGGUCCCCUUCAUUUUGGACCUCCCUCCUAUUCAUCUAUGACACCCUGGAUGAAAUUGAGCCUGUAUUCAGCUAUGGGGUGUGGACCUCUAUCAGUUGUUUUAAUGAAAGGGCAGUGCUUAAGGAUGCUUCCAGCACCAUUAGCAGGCUGUGAAAAAGCCCUUAUAUGGUCAUGGGAUGGAUCUUCUGUUGGUGGGUUAGGGGGGAAACCCGAAGGGAAUUUAGUAAAAGGGAGUAUACUUUUGCACUGUUUGAAUUCCCUUCUUAAAUAUGCUGCUGUGCUUGUCCAGCCUCUCAGCAGAUAUGAUCUUGACGAAGCUGGAAAAAUUGUUACCUUGGAGAUUCCAUUACCGUUGAUGAACUCUGAUGGCUCAACUGCUAACAUAGGGGAAGAAAUGGGGCUGCACUCUGAACAGUGUCUCAAUUUGAACACGCUUUUAACUGAUCUUGCAAAAAAAUUGAAUCUUUGGAGCAUUGGUUAUAUUCGUUUGAUAAGGCUUUUCAAAGAAAGAGUUGCAGAAAGUUUUACAGACGAUGCUAAGUAUGAAUGGGUUCCAAUGAGUGUGGAAUUUGGUAUUCCACUAUUUAGUCCAAGGUUAUGCAGUAACAUAUGUAAGAGGGUUGUUUCAUCACAAUUACUCCAAAUGGACCUAUUUACUGGGCAUCGUGAUGCCAUGCAGGAAUUGAGAAAGACGUUGCGGAGUGUGUGCGAUGAAUACCGAGCAACAGGUCCGGCAGCAAGGCUACUUUACCAAAAAGAGCAAUACAAGGAAUCACCUCGGCAGCUUAUGACCUAUGCAAGUGGAAGGUGGAACCCUCUUGUGGAUCCUUCAUCUCCCAUUUCUGGAACCAUGAGUGAACACCAUAGGUUAAAACUUGCUAAUAGACAACGAUGCCGGACAGAAGUUUUGAGCUUUGAUGGCAAUAUUUUGAGAUCUUAUGCUUUAACUCCAGUAUAUGAGGCUGCUACCAGAGUAGUUGAUGAAUCUACCUCAACGAGUAAUGUAAAAGUUGACUCAGAUGAUACUGAGAGUAAAGAAGUGAUUCAUCCGGGUGUCAAUCUUCUAUUUGAUGGAUUUGAAUUGCGCCCUUUCGACAUAGGUGCUUGUUUGCAGGCUCGGCAACCUGUUCUUUUGAUUGCUGAAGCCACUGCAGCUUCAGAAAAUUCUGCAGUUAAAUAAAGCAGUCUAUGGAAUAUCUGUUGGUUAUCUUUCAUUUGCGGGUGUGUGUGGGUUGGGGGUUGAACUUUAUGUCAGAUAACAUUUACGUAUACCCGUCAAUUGCUUCCUUUUUGGAACAAUUUAACACAAAAGUUGUAAAAUUAGAACAAAUAUACCCUUGAACUAUCUAUAUUAGAUAACAUACAUACCCCCUCAAUAAUUUAAACACUAGGGUAUGUUUGUUCCGAUUUUACAGUUUUGUGUUUAAGCGUUCCAAGGAAGUUGAGGGGUAUAUUUGUAUUCUGAUUUAUAGUUUAGGGCGAAUCUGUUCUUUCUCCCCGCAAAUAUCCAGUGCUAUGUGGUGCUACAGUGCAGAGAAGACGCCCCAAGGAAAAAAAAUUCAAAUUCCAUCUUCUGAUAUUACUUUCCAUCUACCCAAGCACGAACACAUGAAACACUUGAAGGGGAACACAAUUUGCAGGAAAGGUAAUUCUAAAGGUUUCCUAAAAGUUUUUGAAAUACAGAAACGUCACCCCCUAACUCCCUAAGAAUUAAGUUUUUUACGUGAGAAGUUAUGUUGAGUCUUCUCUAUAGAGAUUUGUAAUUCUACAACCUCUCCAUCUCAUGUUUGCAUGGAAGCCCAUUUAUUUUGUUCUUAUUUUUCCACUUUCAUUUAGUCUUUGGAUUUGUAAAGUUGUGUACUUGUGUUUACUUGAAGAGAAACGGAAAAGGAUCCUUUAUUGGGGCACACACUGGAGUUGUAUACGUGUUUUGUUCCCUCAUAAAAAGUGUGUUCUGAUAAAGCAUUGGCGGUGGAGAGAGUACAAAAAACCUGUGCAUGAUUCUUGUAUAAUGAAAAUAAAUUGAUCCAUAAGUUAGCCACUUUAACUUGUUACUUGAUGAUCCAUAAAUUGAUCCAUCCAAUCCAUGAGGAAUUGGGGGAAGUGAGUCAACUUGACUACUUGAGUGGUACGAGAAUAAUGAAAGCCGCCUCGCUUCUAGGGGUGGACUCGGGCCGGUUCGGGCUUGGGCCCGGCCGGGCCUCGGUUCAUGAAAGGGGAGGCCUGGAACCGGCCCGAGUAACCCCCGGGUCCGGUUCGGGCCGGGCUGGGCUGAGCCUCGGUUUAACUUUUGUUUGGGCUUUUUCUAAUUAACCCCCAACCCUCCCCCCUCACCCCAAACCAUCCCAAAUGGCCCAAAAUACCCAGCCCAACCCAAAAACUUAAAAAAAUUCAAAAAAAAGAAAAAAUAAAUAAAUUGGCCCGGACCCGAACCGGCCGGGCCGGUUCACUUUUUCAGGGGCCCGAGCCCGGCCCGGAACCCCAGCGGGUCGGGCCUACCCGGACCGGUACCUGGCCGGGCCGGCGGUUUGGGCCGGUUCAAACAGUGAUCGGGCCGCCCGGCCCGAGUCCACCCCUACUCGCUUCCACUCUUCUCAUAAUUCUUGGGGGAGAAAUGGUACAUGUUUGGUUACACGUUGGUUUAAAUGUUCAAGUGUAAUUGUUUGUGCAAGGAUAAUUGAUUUUAAAUUUAAUAAAGGGAAGUGUUUGUGAUCCUGAAUUGUUUAUACAUAGAGCGUGUAACCGGUGUGGACAAGUAGCGUUUCUCUUCUUAGGGAGAACUAAGAGUUGAGUUGCUAUGAUACUGCCGGUGUGGCAGUCGUCAUUUUUAUCUUAGUCUUCAUCAAUUAUUAUUAAUCACAUAAAUUCAUUUUUCUUAAUAAUCACAUUAUCUCUUUCAAGUUUGAUGAGGUGAAAGUGGUAAUUAUUAUUAUUGACAGUGGUAGUUAAUAUUAGUGGAGUAUAGUAAUGUCACCACAUUUCAAACCUUUCUAUAAAAAUUUAGAAGUGAUGAUAGAAAUUACAAUUCGUGUCUCAAUGUUGAUGAGGGGAAAGUGGUAAUCAUUAUUAUUUAGAGUGGUAGUUAAUAUUAGUGGAGUACUAGAGUAUAUUAAUGUCACCACAUUUUAAACCUUUCUAUAAGAAACCUAAUUCUCUAUAUAAAUUACAAUUCAUUUUCAUAAAAGUGGAGUGACAAACAAAUUUUAUGAUCGUAAUUUGCUGGUCUGAUUUGGUCUGUUUAAUUCUGAUCUGAACUGGUCUGGUGUUGAUAAAUGAUUUGUCUUUGUCUAUUUAUAAUUGUCCAAGUUUGGACUGAUCUGGGUCGUUUAAGUUUGAUUUGGUUUAAUUUGAUCUGUUUAACUUUGACCUGGAAGUGAAAACAGAUCAAAAGAAAAUAUACAUAGAGGGACAACUACGCAAAUCUUUUUAGCAAAAUGCCAAAAUGGUACCGGUUUUCUGAAAUCGAGUAAUUUUUCAAAAGUUCUUUUAAAAAAAGAUAUUCGGGGUAACAAAUUUACAAAUGUCCACAGUCCACAUGUCAUUAAGAAUGAAUUAGAUAAAAGUUGGUUGAUUCAAUUUAAAACCACGAAACUAUUAUGAGAAAGUUGUUCAAUAUAGGAGUAAACAUAAACAUAAUUGCACAAAUAAAAGUGAAACUUAAAACUUCCUUCAAUA